UGCUCUAUGCUCUUCCAUUUCUAAAUAAGGAAUCCUACUUCGUGGAAAUGCGUUUGUCACGGUCGGGUCUGCAACCAAUUAACUCCGAUAAACGAGGGAUUACUGUAGAUAUAGAAAGCCUUACCCACAAAACUUGCAAACGUGCAGUGUGAGGUAACAUCUGACGUCUGUUGGGUGGAAAUUAUAUCGACAUCAACUCAUCCAUUCAUGUUCUCUGCCGCUUAUCCUCACGAGAGUCUGCACACUUUGUCACUCAUCAUUCUUUACGUAUACCAGGGUUUGGAGUGGCCUUUUAUUGUAGCCAGCCUCAGACGCACCUGUGCAGCAUUCAUGCUGUCUAACCAGCAUCAAUUAUUUCUGCCAAAGACAAGUGCUUACUAAGACAGAUUUAGACAGUUUUGUGGACAAGAUUUGAGAGAAACGGGUCUUUUGUGUACAUAGACAAAGUUUUCAGGCUUUGAGUUCAGCUCAUUGAAGAUUUUUGUUGAGUGUAUUUGUGUAAGCUACCGUAAUUCUUCUCAGGCAAAAUGAAAGAGUCUAAAAUUGGCACUGUGUUUCCUGUGCUAUUAUUUUUCCUCACAAACGCACCAGAUGGUGGCACUGUUAUCAAACGCCAAAGUUUUGACCCCAGGUGUUGGAUUGACUUAAAAUUUCUCACACAGGUCGUUACACUAUAAAAAACCCACAAAAUUUGGUACACACCUUCAGGGCACUGACAAGCACGUGUGUGUAAAAUCUGAGCAAAAUUGGUUGAAAACCACGUCUGCCAUCAAGCGAAUGUCUAUGUAGGGGCACAGGCGGGAUUUAGCAACUAAUUGCCGGGACGUCAUCGACUUCUUUUUUAAUGCAAGCGCGGGGGGGUUUUAGUGUGACUUUAAGUCUUCAUCAUUUAUAAGGUGGUUGCAGCAUUCAAACAAAAGCAAUUAUUAGUGAUAUCAGACAGCUCUCACAAGCUCACAAAUGGAGUUUUACCGUACGUUUUCUGUUUAUGCCGAGUGUCGUUGUAUAGUUUUGUGUGGGACAACUUUGGAUGCUUUCUUUCUGCAUGGUACCAGGGAGCACGUGACCCCGGAGAUGAACAAGCUUCGUCAGAGCCUGAGGAGGAAGAAGCCCACCUAUGUGCCGGAGGCCAGCAGACCACACCAGUGGCAGGCGGACGAGGAGGCUGUACGCAAGGGCAAAUGUAACUUCUCUGUACGGUACCUGGGCUUGGUGGAGGUGGAGGAGUCGAGAGGCAUGCAUGUGUGUGAGGAGGCAGUGAAGAAGCUUAAAGUUAGCGGGAAGAAGACGGUAAAGGCGGUAUUGUGGGUUUCAGCAGAUGGACUCAGAGUGGUUGAUGAUAAAACAAAGGACCUCAUAGUGGACCAGACCAUAGAGAAGGUGUCCUUUUGUGCUCCUGAUCGAAACUAUGACAAGGCUUUCUCCUACAUCUGCCGUGACGGGACCACCAGACGAUGGAUGUGCCACUGCUUCAUGGCUCUCAAAGACUCGGGAGAGCGACUGAGCCAUGCGGUAGGCUGUGCCUUUGCUGCCUGUUUGGAGAGGAAACAGCGUAGGGAGAAGGAGUGUGGGGUGACGGCAUCUUUCGACGCCACUCGGACGUCUUUCGUACGGGAGGGUUCCUUCCGCACUAACUCUUCCUGCAGCCAGCAAGGUAGCACCACCAGUGAACGUGACGACAAAGUGCAGGAUAAGAAUAAAGACCAGCCUUCGGUUCAUGCUGCCCUGCCCCCUGGUACUGCUUCUCCGCCUGAGGGUGCGGCAUCACCCAUGGAACGACCAGAACCUGGUGGGCCUCAUGCUAUCCCCCGCCGCCAUGCGCCCAUUGAGCAACUAGUGCGUCAAGGCUCAUUCCGGGGAUUUCCAGCUCUCAGUCAGAAAAACUCACCCUUCAAGAGGCAGCUGUCUCUCCGUCUCAAUGACCUGCCAUCCACACUGCAACGCAAGACUGACUUUGACUUUGAGGCCAAGAACUCUGUACUAGAGAUGGAUAUGGGUUUGCCAGGUGAGGGAGACAUCAAUGCCCUGUGUUGUCAGAUCAACACCUCCUUCACAAAGCCUUCUGAGGAUCCAUUCUCCAAUCCCUGUUCAUCUGCGGGUGGCCUGCCAACCUGCGUUGUGCCCGCAGCCUUGCCCCCGCCACCAGCACCAAUGCAGGCUGCAUCUUCUUGGGUUCAGCCGGAUCCUUCUCUUCACUCUCCUCCUCCUGUCUCCGUGGCGAUGCAGAGUGGACACAAACGUACACCGUCCGAGGCAGAAAGAUGGUUAGAAGAGGUCUCCAAGGCAGUCAAGGCUCAGCAGACGCCCCCACCGGGCCCUGCCAUCCCCACCAUUCCGGGGCCGCCCUCUGUAUCAAGUCAGCAGAUGUCCAGUCAGGCCUCGGUGUGCAGUAUGUCCAUGUCCAAACCCCUCAUCGCAGGCCCCUCUGCUCUCUCAGCUCAGGCUCCAAUGCCUCUUCCACCUAUUUCCAUAUCAUCUGUCCCCCUGAUACCCGGCCCUCCAAUUUCCAGCCCCCCUAUGUCUUUGCCUUCCAUGUCCAUCCCCACAAUGUCUGGUCCAAGUAUGUCAGGAGCCCCCAUGAUCCAGCCCUCUCUCCCUGGACCCCGAGGCUCCCUCCCAAGCUCCAUGCAGCCCUUUCCUUUGGCCUUCGAUGCCACUCCGGCUCCUGUUGGGAUGUUCGCCAGUCAGCCUGUCCAACCGGCUUUUGUUCCCAUGCAAACAUACAUGCCAGGCUUGGCUAGCAGUAUGACCUACCCAAAUGUCAGCGUACCUGUGGUAGGAAUCACUCCAUCUCAAAUGGUGGCCAAUGUCUUCUGCACGGCCACAGGCUCAUCCAGCACUGCAGGUGCCAUUGGCUCUGGAGUCGGAGGGCCUAAAGUGGGCACCCUGGUAACAGGCAGCACCCAUCAUUCUUACUCAGGAGCACCUGGUGCAGUUGGUACCACCGGUGUUUUUUGCACACCAUUCUCCUCUACUCCUCCACUUUCAACAGCCAUAAAUGGCCUCCCACCACACAGCAGCACCACAUCAGCCCUUCCCAAUGGAACCUCUAACAGCGGCAGAAGUGGCAGCACCAGUAGCUGGCCGCCGGAGGGAAGCCAGCUGACUGCUCCCGUGGCCAGUAAUUCCAAAGACGACGACCGCUUCGAGGCCAAGUGGGCUGCACUUGAGACCAAACCAGCGGCUCAGGCGCCUGGAAGCAAGACUUCAGCAGCAGCAGCAGCCAAUCCAUUUUCAAACAACUUGCAAAAGACUUUUGAGAUUGAGCUCUAAGAUGAGGAGCAAAGUGAGGGCCCUGCAGUAACAAAGGGGAUAGCGUUCAAGCAUCUCUCCUUUAGUCCUGAAAUGUGUCCAAGCGUCAGACCUGUGGCAGCCUAGCAGCCUCCUAAGAGCUCUUCAUGGAGCAUCUCAACCAUAAUGGUCUUGCUUUCUUGAGGCUUCAGCAAGAGCUUUACGGAUUGCUGGGUUGACAUUUGGAGGACGUCUCUCAGUGAUCAUGUGAUGAUCUAAACCCUGCCACCUCACCUUCUUUCCUGCAUUCAUAUCUGCACUCCGGCUUUACUUUACCAGCUGCAAGUCCCUUGACUUUUGACAAGCGUCGUCAUUUGGCGACACGGUCAGUGGUUGCUUUCUUUAAAAGGUGACUCAGAUGCAUUCCAAUCUCACUAUAACUGACUUUGGCAGUAUUUCUUCUGGAAUGAAGUGAAGAAACAGAAGUAUUCUUGGAUUGGUUGGUUGGAUUGACUGAACACCAGAUGGAUGCUCGUCUUGGAAGAUUGUUUCUUGAAACACCCGAUUAUAUGUUCCCUCAAGGACUCGCUGACUUAUUGCCAAAAUUAUUUUAUUUAUUGUACUUUAUUUUCAUGUUGACAAGUUAUAUUUACAGGAUAAGCGGCAUAGAAGAUGGAUGGAAGUUAUAUGUACUUCAAAUCCAAGAUAUUUUUUAUCCGAUAUAUUUAUUUAAGUUGAACUCUUGACAAAGACCAGGAAAACAAACAGUACCACAGACGUCAAAUACAGUGGAACCCGUUUAUGUCGACUACCCAUCGUAGUUGACCAACUCAUCAAGUCCGAGCCCACCCUGUCUUUAUUAUUACUGAAAAGUGCUCGCUGAAGCCGACGUCAAGAUACAUGGCUCACCGCUUUUGUCGACAUGACAUUUGUAAUGCAAAGGGAUCAGUUCUCUGACAAAUCAGUGUGACGUGGUGUAGUAUUGUUAACUUCAUCAAUAUCGCUCGUGUGUGUUUUUGCAAAAACAGAUUUGUGGUCAAGCCAAAAGAAAUACAAACAAACAACGAAGUGUGGGAGGGGCAACAGGAAAGGAAUCUUUGAAGCUUCGGCUUAGGACCAAAGCUCCUUUCUUCUUUGGCGAUUCCACAAAUAAAUUUGCAUUUGCAUUUCGCACAAAGGGAGGAAAACAAAACUGCCGUUCUUGUCCCCCACUCUCCUCUUGUCUCUGGCAAAAGCCACAAGAGAUGGUUAUGUCAACAAUCACUUAUGUCAAACGGAGGGAUGUUGACUUAAACAGGUUCCAUUGUCGUUGGUUGGGUAUAAAUAGGGAGUCUGGGCAUUGUGGCCAACUAUAAACCAAAUCCCCAGGGCUGCAAUGUAUUGUGAUGCCUCACAAACGUAUAUAGUGGCAUAACACUUCCACGUGUACAACUUUUGCUCCGCCAUACAAACCGAUACAACUUGGUUUUAGCUCUGGUGGCUAUUUGCUUCACAGAGUAUCCAACCCAGACACUACACAGUGGCUGUCCAUCUAUCCAAGAAAACACAAGGACUACAAAUAUGAUGCACUACCUUCCAAAUACAGGGUAUAUAAGCUAAUCACGCUACAAGAGUCAAGUCGCAGUAGUUCUACACCCCAACAGGAACAGGACUGAGGGGAAUGAAUGACAAAAAGGAUAAACUGUAUGUGAACGUGUGAAGGAGAACAAGUUGGUGAAAGUCGUUGGAAAGAAUAAGAGCCAACAUGAUGAAGAAGCGAUGAGAGGAGAAAAGAGUGAAAAUGUGGAUGACACAGAAUCAUGUUACUCAGCUUUUAAAACCUGCAUAAAUCCUUUGGGAUGACAUAUUUAGAACUUGAGGUUAUUCAACAUUUACAGUCUGGUAAGACUCUUAAUGUACAGUGGAGCCCGUUUAUGUCAACUACCCGUAUCGUCGACUAACUCAUCAAGUCCGGUCCACCGCGUUCUUAUUACUAAAACAGUGCCUGCUAAAGCCAACAUGGUCGGUCACUAAGGAUGUCCCGAUCCGAUCUUCAGGAUUGUGAUCGUGAUCUGCUGUAUUUUGAAGAUCGGACAAUAUCAGUGUCCGCCACGAAGUUGCCGAAUAACGUUCGUAACUCUGGGCCACACUCCAACAUGGUAGGUGCAGUAAUGCGCCUCAAGGGUGGUUGCCACUCAACUCCCGCCACCCGCAAGAAGAAGAAAACGCAACACCACCAUACAGACAUGUCCGCUGUGUACCGUGGUGAACUUAGUUUCACGUUGGACGUUGGAUAUUCGGCUCCGUAGCUACAGCGGUAGUUCCUCCGCUUUAAUUGAAGGACCAUUUUAUAACGCAGAGACCAUUUUAUAAUGCCCACUGACGACGUGAAGGUUCUGAGUGAAAGAAGACGAGAAGCAUGUUUAUUCUUGCACCCAGCUCGUAUCAACCAUCAACUGCACACACAACACACUUCUGGCCUUCAAAAUAAGAGCACUUACAUGUCACGUCACAUUUGUCUAAUUGUGUAAACAAAAUAAGGGUGUCAUAAAAAUACCUUGCAUUAAUAACGCAGUUGUUAUUACGAUUUUUGCAGCAGUAUGUGCUGAGGCUUAUUAGAAAAGAGAAAAGAAAAGUCAGCCAAGCUACAUCCAUUUCUGUACGGUAUUACUGGACAAAAUGGGCCAAUGAUGUAUUACAUCAAUAAACGUAACAAUUUUUACAUAUAAUUAAUGGACAUUUUAUUCACUAACCCAAAUAGUACACACUCUAUGCUGGUAAAAUAAAUGGAAAAGGUAAAAAACACGGAAUUCUUAAAAAUUUAAAUGGAAAAAAUGUCAUUUGGGAAAACAUAAAAUGGAUUUCAUAGGGCCCUAAGAGAGUUUCAAAUCGUUAGCCAUACCCUAAAAAGUAUUUUACGAGGCCAUUUUUGUUCAAUUCCCAAUCCUUUUAUUGGAUGUACUUUUAUUGGAUCUUUUACUGGAUUAGGGACCUGACUCACAGAGGUUUCUUACAAAAGCCAAACAAUAUUGUUGGUCAUGCUGUGUAAUAAAGUAAAUUCAGCAAUACUUUGGUUGCAUUAUUUUCAAUGCUUUUUUAGAAACUUAUAUUUUUUUAUUUUCAAAAAAAGGAUCGGUAUCAGAUCGGAAGCCCAAAAAAUGUGGAUCGGGACAUGGCUAUCACCCAUUUUUGUCGACAUAAAUUUUAAGACCGAAAGGGGUUAAUUAUGUGGAGAGUCGAUCCGUUUAUGUCGGCAUGUGUUGUAGUAUUACAAUCUUCGUCAUUAUCGCUCUGGUGUUUUUGCCAAAGCAGAUUUGUGGUUAUAGCAUAGGACCAAAGGUCCUUUCUGCCGCUCUUUCUUCCCCCUUUCCCCAACUAACAUUUAAAUGCAUGCGUUUCAGUUUUGCACAAAUGGCGUUAAACAAUGUCUACACAGUCACAAGUAAAUGUGCAACCAAUGGCUAUUUUCAGUUAGGUCGAUGUGAGUCAAGGAUGUCGACUAAAACGGGUUCCACUGUAGUACCUUAACCUCCAGUAUGCUAGGAAAAUAUUUUUUAGGUGGUACAUAUGAUUUUAAGUCCCUGAGAGGUCAAAUGUAUGAAGAGUCACUGACAAUGUUUGCUACUUGUUUCCUGCGUACGCUGCAAACAUGGCUGAGGUCCUAUCUGAUAGGCUGCCUUCUCAAAAAACCGCCAUGACUAGAGCUCCCCAAAUAUCUGUUUCCUUGUUGACAAAUCAUGUUUGUUGCAAAUACCCUCCAAACAGGAUGAGAUUUUGUAUUCAUGGAUAAUAGGUUCUUUCCCUGGACUCGUGUCUAAAUGAUAUUUAGAUUCAUUGCGGCAAAGCAAACUAAAUGACCUCAUGAACUUGAUUGUAAAAGUAGUUUAGUGACAGUAACAAAGCAAACCAGUGGAGUUUAUUUUUAAUCUUUAUUUACAGAAUUUUUGUAUUUAAACCUACAUAUUUGUUUUGUAAUUACAUUGUACAAAAGAUAAAUAAAGUAAUAUAAUAUGACUGUGCAUUUCUUUCUUGUCUUUUAUAUCCCCUUCAGUUUGUAUACGCGACUAACAUCGGUUUAACCGCGUUUUAAUCAUCUGAGGUAACGCUGCAACAAUUAAUCGAUGAUUAAUUAUCCAGUUAAUCGACAACUAUUUUGGCAUUCGGUUGUUUUUUUGUUUUACAAAUGUAAAUAUCCUCUGAUUUCUGACAUGGAGUAUGGGGGCCACAUUCGAAAAAAAAAUAAGAAUAAAGUCGUAAAAUUUACGAAAUUAAAGUCAUACAUUUAGGAGAAAAAAAGUCAUAAUAUUUCUUUUGUCCAAGGCCAAAGGUCACAUAAGUCCCUCCUUUUCAGAGCUGUCUGUUAUGACGGAGUAUUAAAAUAAUCUGAGAUUUCGAGAAUAAAGUCGUCAAUUUACACAAAAAGAACACGUAAUAUUAUGAGACUAAAGUCGGAAAUUUAUCAGAAAAAACUCGUAACUUUGUUACAGGCAUUGUCUGAGGCAGCUAUGAAUAGGGGGGACUUAUGUGUCUUUUGGCCUUGAGCAUGUGGAGGAGGUGGGGUACGGAAAGCGGACGUGAGAAGGGCUAGCUAGACAUGCUAAUCUGUGUGUGCUCAACUGCUCUGUUUUGCUGCCACAUUAUAAAUAAAAGCGAGAGAAAAGUUUCCUUCCUUUCUGAAGCGCUAUGCUCUGUUUUCCAUCUGACACGCAAUAUUACGACUUUAUUCUCAUAAAUUUACCCUAAAUUUACAACUUUUUCUCUUGGAAAUGUAUGACUUUUUUUCUCUUUAGUCUCAAAAUCUCAGAUUUUUUUCCCCCAAUGUUAAAUAUACU